GCCAUGGCUACGGUUUGUUGAGCGUCUGUGGGCGCUGUCUUGCAGGAAGUCCAGAUAGCGUUGGUGAGUGAGGAGGGUGUCUGUGAGUGGGUCUGCUGUGAUUAUCGGGAUGCGCCCAGUCCAGUCGCCAGGUCACUGAGCGGCCACUGCAGGCUGGACUCCUGGAAGGACCUGGGACUGCGCAGUACGCGGGACUCCAGCCCCUUCCUUUAACGAUUCUCCGAGCUCUGUCAAAAGAGAAGCCAGUCAUGCUCCUCUGACUGCACCCCACCUCAACUGUCCGUUCUCUUCUUCCCAUCCACCUCCGACCCCUUUACCCAGCUAUGGAGGACAGUGACGACAGCGAGGCAAAGCUCAGAGAAGAAAUCGAAGCUGAAUUGGAUAAAAUCAGCAUCUCUUCCUUGGAAAAUGAUGAGGUUGAAAAUGAUUCAGUGUCAGACACACAGAGUGACAGUAGUGACACUGAUUUGCUUGAAUUGCCAGAGUCAGUUCUUCAUUAUAUCAACGUCAUAAAGAACAAGAGUAAAACUGCUGAAGAACUCAUUCUUCAAGACGUAGAAGAUACUGAUAUCUUCAGUGAUUAUAAGAAAGGUUGUAACCAUGGCACAGUGACUGACAGUCACAUGCAUUUGAGGACUGGGUCAUUGCCGGAAUCUAAAGCAAAUGCUGAGCAAUUAAUGAAGAUAUUAUCUGUAAUAGAAAAGGAAGAAUUUAUGAGAAGUCUAGCUCCUUCUGCCAGGUGUGUUUCCGUUCGUGAGAUUAUUACUCCUGACACACCCAUGGAUGAAUAUAUUUUACCAGAUGAGGCUGAUUUGAGUUUCGGAUACUUUGAAGUAGAAGAAAGAUGUAGAAAAUCUUUUGAAGCUUGGCAGGACAAACAACAAGAACUAGAAGAAAAGGAUAAAGAAACUCUGGAAGCUCAGAAUGAAAGAGAAAAGCGGACCUUUCAAGAGGAAGACGAGAAGAGACAGUGCUGGAUGAGACAGUUUGAAGUUGAAAAGAAACACUUAGAGGAUCUUCAGAAGCAAGACCAAGACAAAAUGAAUGAUGAACUCCAUAAAGAAGAGAAAAUAUGGAAAGAAAAAUACAGACAGCAUGAGGAACAUAUCAGAAACUUGCACUUAAAAAUGGAGGAGGAGAGAACAAGAUUAAGUGAGCUACAAGAAAAAGAAAAGGCACGUUUAUUCAAACUGCGGUAUGAUGCAGCUGUAAAAAUUCAAGCCACUUAUAGAGCAUCAGUAACUUACCGAAAAUAUAGCCCAAUCAUAAAAGAGCAAAUGGAAAAGAAGAGGAGGAGAGCACAGGAGUUGAAAGAGAAGGAGGCAAAGAUACGACAGAAGGAGGAAGAAAAGAGGAGGAGACUUGAAGAGGAGCAGAGGGUAGAGGAGGAGAAGAAGAAGAAGAUGCUGGAGGAGAGGAGGAGACGAGAGAGGGAAUACGAAGAGAAAAAGAGCAUCCUGAGACAAGAGAGAGAAGAGCAACGAAGCAAGGAAGUGAUAAGACUGAGGGAACAUGCCCACUCGCCACUGAUCAUUACCUGUGCUUUAAAGAAAGGAGAUUGCCAUGGCAAGCAGCAAGCUAUUGCACAUGUGCCAAAGGGUAAGGGUACUAUAGCCAAAGAGUCAGUGGACAGCAACUCAAAGAAGCAAGAAGAUGCUUGCCUCGCUCAGCAAUUAAACAAGAGAGAAAACACACACGUGCAGCAGCUUGCGAUGAAGAAAUCAACAGGAAUAAAAUUAAAACCAAACCAGGCAAUUUUGGUAGAAUUAAAAAUGAACGAGAAAAAUGAAAGUUUACCAAAAUUAAAAAUCAAUGAAAACUUAUCAAAAAACCAAUGUUCAGAACAACCUUCUGACCAAGAAUUUAACGCUGAAAAUGUAGACCAAAAAAAUGAAUUGGAAAACUCCAACCUAAAGGAAAGUGUGAAUGAACAGUACCCGUGGCAAGGACUAGAGUCAGAUACUCAGACAGAGGAACAUGUGGAGCAUGUCAGGGAGGAGAAGGUGGGACAAGAAACCGAAAAACUAUUUGGAUUCAAUCAAGAAGUGAGUGCAGAAGACAGUAAACAAGCACAAGGAGUCAUGGAGGAGACCCGGGAGGGAUUGGCUGAAGAGAUAGAAAUCAAAGAGAUGACACAGCAAGGUGGGCCAUCGGAUGAGAAUAAUAGCUCACCUAUUUCCAUGCAGAAAAGCCUACCAUCACUGACACCAGACAAUCCUGAACCUGUAGAAAGAAGUGUAACACUAGAAGAAGACCAAGAGACUGAUUUAAAAUCAGAAAGAAUUGAGGAAAUCCCAGAAGAAGGUGUGCUGUCCUGUGAUGCUGCAGUCAUUAACGCAGAUGCCUCUGUGCAUACAGAAGGCGAGGCAGACCUGCAGGAUUCUGCCUCAGGCAAGCUUGCUCCCAGUGAAGAAGCUGGUAGUCACAGUGCUAAUAACCUCUUGGCCACUGAAGAAGUGGAAGACUCUCCUAAAUCUGAAAUUCAAGAAGCUCUGGAAAAAGGACAGCAGACAAAGGCUGAAGCUGAUGGUGUCCUGACUUGCUCUGUUUCACAGUUAACAGUUUUAUCUUCAGUUGAGGAAAGGAGACUAGCUUGGGUAAAAACAUUUAAACCCUGGGCUGAAAUCUUUGAGCAAAAUCAACAUAAGAAAAUUGUUAAAAAAAGGAGACUUGUGAAGUGCCCACCAAAUACAAUGCCUCCUUUAGAUCCAUCAGCCAUUCUCCAGUAUGGCCCUUGGAAAUCUUUAAAGCAGGUUCCAGUGAUUACAUUUCAGGGUUUGCCUGGUUGUAGUCUCUCUACACUGGCAGAGUGCUCAAAUCUUCAGAUCCUGUCUCUCCGACGCUGUGGAUUAACUUCCUUGCAGGGACUGAGCCACUGCACACGCCUUAAGUACAUCGAUGCACAGGAAAACCACAUUGAAGCUAUCAGUUGUGAAAAUUUGGAAAAUCUCUCUGUUGUUCUUCUUAAUAAUAAUCUGCUGACUUCUAUUCAUGGUUUUGAUGGAUGCACUAAUCUCCAAAGCCUUGAACUCUCACAUAAUAAAAUCACUCGAAUCAGUGGUUUAGAAUCUUUGAAAUAUCUUCAAGAACUAACUGUGGACCACAAUCAGUUAAUUAGCACUAAAGGUCUUUGUGAAGCACCCACCAUCGUGUACCUGGAUUGCUCACAUAACCAUCUUACUGGCAUUGACGGCAUUGGAAAUUGUGGAUUGCUCCAGAUAAUAAAGCUGCAGGGAAAUUACCUAAGAGAGCCUCCGUCCUUAAGAAAUCAUGUUCUGCUCAGAGAGCUGCAUUUGGAUGACAACAGCAUCUCAAGUGUGGAAGGACUUUCUUCUUGUUGGUUGCCUUUACUACAGUAUCUAAGCAUUUCACAAAACAGCUUAGCCACAAUUGUGCCACUUUUUCAUCUUGUCUCUUUGGAGAAGCUGGAUGUCAGCAACAAUUGUCUUUCUGAUCUGACAAAUGUCAUGUGUUGGUUCAAUGCAUGCUACUCUCUCCGUGAGCUUUGUCUCACUGGAAACCCAGUACUCCAGGAAAUAAACUGGAGAGAUUCUAUACUUAAAACAUUACCUGCUCUGAGAGUCCUCAACGGUGACAUGCUGAACUCUUACGCCAAUGACCGUAUUGAAGAGCACUAUCAUCAAGACUUAAGAUGUUUGUUGGCACUUUGUCAGUACCAGCUUCAAGAGUUCAACUUAUUACCUGAAAAGUAUAUCACACAGAAGAGGGACAUUCUCACUCUGCAUGCUGUAGACAGACUCUCACAGUACUAUAAAGACUUAAUGAAACUCAGUCAUGAAUGCAGACGUGCACAUGAACAAGGGGAUGUCAAUACCACUGAGAGGUCUGCAGCAGAAACCAACAAAAACCAUCCAGACUUCUCAAACACUGACAGCGCACUGCAAAACAAGACCCUUCAUGCCCAGACUAACAGUUGUGAGGCCGAUUCACCAGCCACUUCUCCAAACCCGUUGGACACUGUCUUCAGACCUUCUACAUCACACUGUGAAGAACUGAGAGGAAGAAAUCAGGAAAAGCUUAUGGCGCACAAGAGUGAGCAGAGUAGGAUCAGUAGUCGCUCCAACAGCAGAGCCUCAUUCAUAGAAAUGAAGAUGGCAGAUUCUCCAAUGAGUAAUCAUCACAAUGCUGAACGAAGUUCACCAACCAAGGCAGCUAUGGUAAUCCAAGCACAAUGGCGUAGUUACAUUGCACACAGACAGAUUAAUUGCUCUGCAGAAAUGCAUCCUACCACAACAGAACCCCUGCAAGAUCCCCUCAUCAAUAACCAGACUACUUCUAAUGAAGAAAGAAGAAAAACUAAUAUGGAUAUCCAAGAACAGAGGGAGAAGGCUGCUCUUCAUAUUCAGGCAGUUUGGAAGGGCUUUAUUUUACGAAAGAAGCUGGCGACCGCCCGAAAGGCUAUCAAAGAUGAGGAAUCUGGAGAAGAGUAUGAAGAAAUUGAUUUAGAGGAUUUUGAAUUUGAUGAGGAUGCCUUGGAGAAAGACUGGCCAGCUUUAGAUUCUACUGGCUUCCCUUCACAAACACUGCCUCUCUCCAACCAGCUGCCCUGGCCAAAGAACUCUCGGACUUUGAGACAUGACGAAACUUCACCUACCAUACCAGUUCGUCCAGCUCAGGCAUGGCUGUGCAAUGAGAAAGAAAAUGUGAUGUCGUCCGAGUACACACAGUUAAGCAGCAGCAGAUCAGAAAGCGGAAUUUUAUCCUGGACACCUGACUCAAAAACAAGUAGGAAGAAUUUACUACAAUCUGAAAAGGAAGAAAAAAUUUCAGAAGAAUGGGGCUUUAAGGAUAUCUCUACAGCUCAGCAAAUGCUAAAGAGAGCAAAGAAAAUGAAAUCAAAGAAAUUAAGGAAGAAAUUAGAACCUUCUGUGCGACUAGCAUUAUUCAAAAAAGCCAAAAAUAAAGUUUCUGUUACAAAGUCAUCAAAGAAGACACAGCUCAGAAGAGACAAUUACUUUGAAGCACACAUCUCUUCCCAAGAUGAGGAGGAAGAGGCAGUCUCCAAGGCAACUGCUGCAAAGGAAAAGUUAGAACGGAGUCAGGAGUACACCUACCAGUGGCUUCAUACACAAGUUGGCUUUCCUGAAGCAACCAGUUCCAGGAACCUGAAAUGCAAUCACUUUUUGCCUGAGUUAGAUCCAGAUGUACUUAAUGGUGGAAGAGUUCAACUUGUGGUAAGAAAUAUGUUUAAGGCAAGGCUUGUAAGCAGAGAAGACACGGAUUUAGACCUUUUUUCCAUGACCAGUGCAAGUGCUUUGUCUGUGAACAAAGACAAAAAGAGCCAGACACACAGAUACUCGACUGGAUCCUCAAGUUGCUCAAGCAAGGGAAUCAUUGCACCAGCGAUAACACAUACAAGACCUUCUAUUAAAGAGCGCAUAUCAUUCCGUGACAAUCCUGUUCGACUCAGUGGCAGCUGGGGAAGUGGCAAAAAGAAAGCGAAAUUCUCUACCUAAUACUUCCAUCUCCAGCACUGCAAACACAAGCCCAUGAUUUAGUUAACUCUGUGGAUAUCUGGGCCUGUUAUCAGUUGGGAACAAGGUUUUGGAACAUUUCGCUUUUGGUUUCAUUAUGAUAAUUUAUUAUGUUGUCGUCCAGCAUUUGCAGUUCCUCUUGCAUUCUUGUGAAAUGGCCUAAUCCCAAAAUAAUUUUUAAGACACCUCAGGGAAAUGUGUAUGUACACUUUCUCCUUUCAUUUAUAUUUUAUGACACAUAUAUUCAAAAUUAUUCUUUUAGCUAUUUUAAUAUAAUAUGUGAAUGGAUGUUGAUAUUGCUUAGAGAAAUGUUAGUGGAUAAUUACUGCAUUAAUAAGUUUGAAUCUACAAAAAUUCUUAGUAUCUUAGAAUUUAUUAUGGUCAAAAAGUAUAUGUACCAUUUAAGUUAAAGUGAAAGAUGAAUUUAAACAUUUAUCAACCUAAUAAUUUGAACGUAUAUCUGUAAUAUUUUACUCAAUUGUGUUUUAUCCUUGCUUAUAAGAGGUAAAUGUGUAUUCCAAUUCUUUAGAACAGUUCAACUCACUCACACAUGCCCAAUCACUUUAAAUUUUGUUAAAGCACCUUUAAAUUGCCAUUUGAAAUUUGUUUUCACACCUGAAAACGAUCAUUUGCAAAUAUUAGUAUAUUUUCUUUAAUUUCAGACAACUUUUAGCAAGGUCUUACUAGUGUGAGGGUAAGUCUCCCCUGUUAUCUCAGCAAAUACAGUAAGCAGAAUGUUGCACUGGGCUCUGGGCUUAGAGGUGCUUUUACUCUGCAUCUGGAAUGCCUUUCAGGAAGUUAAACCAGGGUGCUCCAGGGAGGCUUGGUAGUUUCUCUGUGUAAUAGGAUCCAGUGAACUUCAGGUUUCUCCUUUGUUUCUCCUGCUCUCCAGUGAAAUUCUUUACCCAGAGAUGACUAAACAGAUUUCAACAUAAUUUGUUUACUUUUUUUUUUUUUAAACGUAAUCCCCCAUGUACUUUUUGGUCUCCUGUUGCAUUUCAAACCUGUAAAUCUCUUUUAACCUGAUUGAGAUAGAAAUGUUAAUGAGCCUUGAGCUGUCAAUCUAUAAAGAAAACAUUGAUUCAUAUGUUUCAACCUAGAAAUUGAGCUCUACAUGUAUUUAUUUUGUGAACAGUUGGGCCAUCCCUUUGCUAACAACAUCCACAAAUCAGCAUAAAGUAAUGAUGGAAAAUAUUUUAUCUCAGCUUAUUUUCAACUCUGAAGGAGAAAAACCACAUAAAAACUGACAUUGAUAGGGUUUUAUGGUUCAUGAACCUCCCCAAUGAAGUGGAAAGGCUAGUAUGAGAAAUGAGAUAUUUAUUAUUAAACUGUUUUCAUAUGUAAAAUAAACCUCAUAGUUUUUUCUUCUGUAACUUUUGUGAUUUUUUUCAUAAUAACUGUGAAGAUCAUUGGUAUUGAUGCUCUUGAAUUUGUAGACAAUGAUUAAUAAAUGUCAAUAAAACUGUUUCUGAAUUAUGGUGUUUAAAUCAGAAGUUCUUUUUAAUGUGGUUUGUUGUACCUACCCUAAAGUGAUCAGCCAAGGAAACCUGUCAUUUUGUCAUACUGGUAGUAUGUUUGUGUUCAUGAAACUGAUAUUUUUGAAAUUUAAUAAAACAUUAAGUGGUUGAACAAAGAA